GCGCAUGCUCAGAGCCCAUGGCUUCCCCGCCUUGCACGCGGGACGUCUGGAUCUGUGGGUUGCCCGGAACUGAGUUGCGACACUCUAGGUUUCCGCCCGGAAAAAGUAAUCAAAUCACCUGAGGACCAGCAUGGCGUGGUCCGGUAAUAAGGUACCGAGAGCAGGGCCUUUUGCCUUUCCUAAGCCGGGGAUCUCUAGAGGGUGGAAGCUGUGGGAAUCGCAGCUGAGUCAGCACUGAAGGAUGGAUGCUCAAAACGAAAGACUUGGGGUUCGGAGUUCUGCAUUUGAGUCUUGUGCACCUUCACGCUUCCGAAAUCCUCCCUCCUGCUUCUCCAGCCUCUCACCCUUCCCUCCUCCCUCGUUGCUUCAGUUUACUUUCUAUCCACGCCACCUGCUAACACAGACGUCCUUUAUUGCUUCCGAACCUGGGUUCUAAAAAUCUUUGCAGCUGUUGUGCUGUGUGUGGAUGUGGGGGUUGCCAUGGGUAACUCCUUUCCUGGUGAAGAAUCUCCAAUUGAACAAGCAAAGAAAGUGAUGACUAUGUUUGUCCAACGACAGGUAUUUUCGGAGAGCAAAGAUGAGAUUGCGUUAGUCCUCUAUGGCACAGAUGGCACUGAUAAUGCCCUUGCUGGCAAGGACCAGUAUCAGAACAUCACAGUGUGCAGACACCUGAUGCUACCAGAUUUUGAUUUGCUGGAAGACAUCGGAAACAAAAUCCAGCCAAGUUCCCAGCAAGCCGACUUCCUGGACGCCCUGAUUGUGUGCAUGGAUUUGAUUCAGCGUGAAACCAUAGGGAAGAAGUUUGGGAAGAAGCAUAUUGAAGUGUUCACUGACCUCAGCAGCCCGUUCAGCCAGGACCAACUGGACGUUAUAAUUUGUAACUUGAAGAAGUCUGGCAUCUCUCUGCAGUUCUUUUUGCCUUUUCCAAUCGACAAGAAUGGCGAGCCUGGCGAGAGAGGGGACCUGGACUCUGGCUUGGACCACCUCAAACCCUCCUUCCCUCAAAAAGGACUUACUGAGCAGCAAAAGGAAGGCAUCCGCAUGGUGACAAGGGUGAUGCUGUCCUUAGAAGGCGAAGACGGGCUGGAUGAAAUUUAUUCCUUCAGUGAGAGUCUACGACAACUGUGCGUCUUUAAGAAGAUUGAGAGGCGUUCCAUGCCCUGGCCCUGCCAACUGACCAUUGGCCCCAACUUGUCUAUAAAGAUUGUAGCCUAUAAAUCGAUUGUACAGGAGAAAUUUAAGAAGAGUUGGGUAGUUGUGGACGCAAGAACGCUAAAGAAGGAAGAUAUACAAAAAGAGACUGUUUAUUGCCUAAAUGACGAUGAUGAAACUGAAGUUUCCAAAGAGGACACUAUUCAAGGGUACCGCUACGGAAGUGAUAUCAUUCCUUUUUCUAAAGUGGAUGAGGAACAAAUGAAAUAUAAAUCUGAGGGGAAGUGCUUCUCUGUUUUGGGAUUUUGUAAAUCUUCUCAGGUUCAUAGAAGAUUCUUCAUGGGACAUCAAGUUCUAAAGGUCUUUGCAGCAAAGGAUGAUGAGGCGGCAGCUGUUGCCCUUUCCUCUCUCGUUCAUGCUUUGGAUGAGUUAAACAUGGUCGCCAUCGUCCGAUAUGCUUAUGACAAAAGAUCUAAUCCUCAAGUUGGUGUAGCCUUCCCUUACAUUAAGGACGCCUAUGAGUGUUUAGUUUAUGUGCAGCUGCCUUUCAUGGAAGACUUGCGGCAAUACAUGUUUUCCUCGCUGAAAAACAAUAAGAAGUGCACUCCCACAGAGGCCCAGCUGAGCGCUAUUGAUGAUCUGAUUGAUUCCAUGAGCUUGGUAAAGAAAAACGAGGAAGAAGACAUUGUUGAAGAUUUGUUUCCAACCUCCAAAAUUCCAAAUCCUGAAUUUCAGCGAUUGUACCAGUGUCUGCUGCAUAGAGCCUUACAUCUCCAGGAGCGGCUGCCCCCGAUUCAGCAGCACAUUUUGAAUAUGCUGGAUCCCCCCACUGAGAUGAAAGCAAAAUGUGAGAGUCCACUCUCUAAAGUAAAGACCCUUUUCCCUCUCACAGAAGUCAUCAAGAAAAAGAACCAAGUGACUGCUCAGGACGUUUUCCAAGACAAUCAUGAAGAGGGGCCCGCUGCUAAAAAAUAUAAAACUGAGAAAGAAGAAGAUCACAUCAGCAUCUCCAGCCUGGCAGAAGGGAACAUCACCAAGGUUGGAAGUGUGAAUCCUGUUGAAAACUUCCGUUUCCUAGUAAGACAGAAGAUUGCCAGCUUUGAGGAAGAUUGCAAGCCCAAGGCCAAAAAUACGCUGACGCAGGAAGAGGUGGCAACGAGUCUCCAGUUAAUAAGUCACAUCGAACAAUUUUUGGAUACCAAUGAAACACUGUAUUUUAUGAAAAGUAUGGACUGCAUCAAAGCUUUCCGGGAGGAGGCCAUUCAGUUUUCAGAAGAACAGCGCUUCAACAGCUUCCUGGAAGCCCUUCGAGAGAAAGUGGAAAUUAAGCAAUUAAAUCAUUUCUGGGAAAUUGUUGUUCAGGAUGGAGUUACUCUGAUCACCAAAGACGAAGGCCCAGGAAGCUCUAUCACAGCUGAGGAAGCCACAAAGUUUCUGGCCCCCAAAGACAAAGCAAAAGAAGAUACAACGGGACCUGAAGAAGCUGGUGAUGUGGAUGAUUUACUGGACAUGAUAUAGAUCAUGGAUGUGUGGGGAAUCCAAGAGUGCCAGCUCUGUGCUGCUGAGAGCUCUGGCAGCAUCCCUGAGGCCGUGCAGGGGAUGUGAAGCUCUGGACGUCAUCCUAGCAGACAACUUGGGAAUGAGUCACUCCAGGUCUCUACAGAGUGACCAUAAGGACAUAUAUUACAAGAAAUAACUUAGACCCUAUUCAAAUUUAUAAAGAGCCAUUAUUUUCUGA